AUAAAAUCCUAAACGAUUAUUUUGCCAUUCAGAGUUUUGAGAUGGAGAUUAAAGCUGUUUAGUCUUAUUUAAUUGAUCGCAUUAAGUCAGUCUCUUGAGUUAUUGUUUCGCAUAAUACCUGAUCUUUACCUAAGCAUGUUAUUUUUGUAGGGAUUGCCAAAGUACCUAAUACCGAAAUUGACUUGAAGAACUGCUCAAUAAUAUUUGAUAUGAAACAGAUUCGAGCAAAUAAAGUUGAUACAAUCAAAUUGAUGGAUACUCAAAACAAAUCCACAAAGAGAACUAAAGAUAUUCAACUAAGAAAACAAAAGAAAAGUUUUUAAAACGACACAAAUCUAAAUAAUAGGACGAGAUGAUACGCGGGUCGCGUUAGUGAAACGUCAUCGGCAGUCAUGGCACGUCCAGGCUGUGACGCAGCCUCCAGAUACAGAGAAAAAAAUAAUACACGAACAACUUUCACAAAAGUGGGUGAAGUCAUUUAUCAAGCUAGCGUUAAGAACUCUCGACAGGGAGAACUUUUGAUACAGGAUACGCCGGCGCUAGACAUUAAUAAUAAGGAUAUCGUAGUACUCGGAGUGUUUUUAGGAUGUCUUCAACGUGUUUUAUCACUUAAGCUCGAAAACUUCCCUCUUAACGUCACAGAGUUUUUGCUCGCGGCUGAUGUGUCAACCGCCGUAGGUAAAAUAUCUCUAGUUAAGUUGUUUGAGUUAUCACUAGUUUCAAAACUUUAUUGUUCCAUUUUCCAAUAAUAAUAGAUUAAUGGCAUAGUUCAAUUCGUCUUAAAGUUUUGUUACCCAAAGUUUGCUCAUUAAACUACCCCAAGAUUUAACAUUCUCACGCAGGAACUUGUAACUUCAUAAUAGUAUCAAAGCUAAUAUAUCGAGAACAAACAACUUCGGUAUCUUUAUUCCCGGCGCCUGCCUCCAAACUCGGGCCGUAUUCUGUUCGUAACUAACUUCCAGUUAGACCCGUAAACGACUUUACGUGUCGAACAAGGAAAUCAAAUUAUCAACUCCUACCAACUUCGCACCUCUUCCAGCCCGUACUAGAUACUGGAAUUUGUUGCCCGAAAACGGUCGCCCUUCCACUAUUUGAAAAUUCUGUGCGUUUCUUUAGACAAAAAUAUGUAUAGGGGCACGCGACGCCAAACAAGCUUUAUUGGGUAUCUUCACCAAAGUAUGCGAGUUGGGAAUUCAAUAAGUGACAACGGAAAGAAUUAAGCGGUAACGUAACCUGCACUUUGUAUCCGAUUGUCACUUUGAUGUUUUCUUCCACAACUUUUCAUUCUUCCUCACUUCUUGAAAAGUCAUUAACCUCGAUAAAUUAAUUUAGACAUUGAUAAAUUUUAGUCUUAUAGGAAUAAAUAAAAUCGUUAAAUAUAGAUUAGUAUUUUUGUAAUAAGUAUACAGUAUUUCAUAUCUCCAAUCACUCAAAAGAAUACACGACAACGCAUCAUAUUACCAUAAUUUCUUAGACGGUGCGCAGGUUUCCUUUUUUUAACCCGAUGCGGUGGCUCGAUUAAGAAAACAUUACAUAAUUGUGCGAGAGCUGUCGGGCGCGUAAGUGGCGCCAUGCGAGGGAACGUGUAACUAUGUGGGGGCGGCGAGGGUGCGGGAGGCGAGGCGCACAGAGGGGCGGCUAUGAACGCCACCACUCUCACCAAACUGACGGACCGAUAGCUUCGUUAGUCGCACACGAACCACGAUGAGGACGGCACGCGUCGGCGUUGCCUCCAACAACGAACGUACGUGCGUCGCGAUGUAAACAUUAACCUGUGAAGUGACACAUUAAUGAAGUCUCUACAAUAUUAUUGACUCAAACUAAGUUAACGUUUCCAGUUACCAUUUUUAUUUAAUCGAAUAGACAAAUGUGUGUAGAAAAUGUUUCAAUUGCUGACUCUUUUGUUAGUGACUUUGGGUGUUAAUGCGGCUUAUGCUCCAAGAGGUGUGGAUAACUGCAGUCGCCCAAAAGGUGACGAAGACACAUUGUGCCAGGUGCGGACUUUAGACGCCGAAGGAUCUAGUUUAACAACUGCACCAUCCGAGAGCACAAAACGGCUCUCUAUAGAAUGCAACCAACUACUUCUGUUCGAAAGUUAUCUCGAAGCAAACUAUUUCCAAAGAUUUUCAACGCUUGCUGAACUAACACUACAGAACUGCAAACUACUAAGAAUACCCGGCAACGCGUUCGAAGGUUUGCGCGAACUGAAAAAGUUGUCGAUUAGAUCUAAAAACUACGAUUGGAGCCCGAAUAAAAACUUGGAACUCUCACUUGGAACUUUCAACGGUUUGCGAGAACUGCAAACACUAGACCUGGGUGAAAAUAAUCUGAAAGCAAUACCGCAGGAUGUUUUUUGCCCGCUGGACAAUUUGCAAGUGUUAAAUGUUACUCAAAACAGGAUCAAAAGUGUGGAUCGUCUCGGAUUUGGGAAAAGCUGUGGUUCGGGCCUGCGAAGCCUAGAUUUAAGCCAUAAUGAACUCAAAUCUCUCUCCGACGAAUCGGAAAUUACAGGAUUAAAACGGCUUCAAGAGUUAAGACUCCAACACAAUAAUAUCACAGACAUUUCAGGUGAAACAUUUAAUGGACUUAUUUCGUUGAGAAUAUUAAAUAUAUCCUAUAAUAACCUUCAGUUUAUACCAGAGGGUACGUUCGCUAGCACGAAGGAGUUGCGAGAGGUAUAUUUGAAUAAUAACUUGUUAUUUGAAGUAGCCAAAGGCGUGUUCCACCGAUUAGAACAGUUGCUUGUCUUAGAUUUAUCGAAUAAUCAGCUCUCGAGCGCUCACAUUGACGGUGGAACAUUUGUUGGCCUUAUUCGUUUAGUAAUUUUAAACUUAUCUAAUAAUGCGUUGACGAGAAUAGACAGCAAGACAUUUAAGGAUUUGUUCUUUUUGCAAAUAUUAGAUUUAAGAAAUAAUUCUAUAGGUUACAUUGAAGAGAAUACUUUCCUACCUUUGUAUAAUUUGCAUACUUUAAAUUUAGCUGAGAAUCGCUUACACACGAUAGACGAGUUCCUAUUUAACGGAUUGUUUGUACUUAGUAAGUUAAAUUUAAAUAAUAACUUAUUGGUAAAUAUAGAUCAGAAGGCGUUUAAAAACUGUUCCGACUUAAAAGAAUUAGAUUUAAGUUCGAACCAGUUAACGGAUGUCCCGUCUGCAAUUUGGGAGUUAUCGUUAUUAAAAACUCUAGAUCUCGGCGAGAAUCAAAUCUUAGACAUCAAAAAUGGUUCUUUCAAAAACUUAGACCAAUUAACCGGUUUAAGAUUAAUCGACAAUCAAAUCGGAAACCUCACUGUCGGUAUGUUUUUUGAUUUGCCAAGCUUACAAGUACUGAAUUUGGCUAAAAAUAAAGUUCAAGCCGUGGAAAGAGGUACGUUCGUUAACAACAAACAAUUAGAGGCUAUUCGGUUAGACGGCAAUUUUGUGUCAGAUAUCAACGGCGUAUUUUCGACCUUACUUAGUUUACUUUGGCUCAAUCUUUCGGACAACCAUUUAGUCUGGUUUGAUUACGCUUUCAUACCGAUCAAUUUAAAAUGGCUCGACGUUCACAACAACUUUAUUGAACACUUAGGAAAUUAUUAUAAACUCCAAGACGAAAUUCAUAUAAAAACAUUAGACGUGAGCCAUAACCGUAUCGUGGAAAUAUCGCCGAUGGCAAUACCCAACAGUGUGGAGUUACUGUUCAUAAACAAUAACCACAUAAACAGCAUUGAAGUGAACACGUUUAUAGAGAAACGUAAUCUCACUCGAGUUGAUAUUUACGCAAAUGAGAUAUCUCAUUUAGAUAUCAACAGCCUCCGGUUGUCCCCGGUCCCCUUGAACAAGUCGUUGCCUGAGUUCUACAUCGGAGGAAAUCCGUUUAACUGUGAUUGCUCUAUGGAAUGGCUGCCUUUGAUAAACAAUAUGACUGCAAUGAGACAGCAUCCAAGAAUAAUGGAUCUUGAAAAUGUGUUGUGCAAAAUGACACACACCAGAGGCGUAACUCACAUACCAUUAAGCAACUUACAGUCAACUGACUUCUUGUGUACGUACGAAACACAUUGUUUCACUCUCUGCCGCUGUUGCGAUUACGUAGCAUGCGAUUGCCAAAUGACGUGCCCGAAUAAUUGUUCCUGUUAUCACGAUCCGACUUGGAAUAAAAACGUUGUCGAUUGUUCUAGCCAAAGUGCAAUUGAAAUACCGGAAAAAAUACCGAUGGACGCAACAGAGGUAUACUUAGAUGGGAACGAUUUCAAAGAACUACAAAAUUAUGCAUUUAUCGGUCGGAAAAAUAUGAGAUCGCUUUAUGUUAAUUCGAGCCAAGUUGAAAACAUACAGAAUAGGACGUUCGCUGGUUUAUCCUCCCUCAUUACGCUGCAUCUCGGUAACAAUAAACUAAAGCAUUUAAACGGGUACGAGUUUGAACAUCUGACGCAGCUUAACGAGCUUUACUUACAAGACAAUUUUAUCAGCCAUAUAGCGAACUCGACGUUUCUAACUUUGAAUUCAUUGAAAAUAUUAAGAAUAGAUGGUAACAGAUUAGUAGACUUUAACGUUUGGAGUUUGAACGUAAACAGAAACUUGAAUGCUCUCACAUUAGGGAACAACAUGUGGUCGUGCAAAUGUAGAUAUUUACAAAAGUUCACAUCGUAUAUAUCAGAUAACGUCGGUAAAAUUGUUGAUAUAACUGAUGUGUGGUGUUGGAACACUGACCCAAAAUCUACACAAAAGAAAGAGCUCAAUUUGAACGGCACAAUAUGUAGCGACUAUUACGCCGGAGAUUCUGUUAUAGAUAAUAUGAUGGUCUCAAAUUACAUGCCCAUGAUGGUGACUACGCUCUCCGGGUUCAUGUUGAUUAUGCUAGUCAUCCUUGUGAUUUUCUUAUUCAGAGACACGAUUCGCAUAUGGCUUUAUACAAGCUGCGGUAUAAGAUUGUUCCCAUUCACUGGAGCGUACGACGACACUGAUAAAUUAUACGAUGCUUAUGUUUGCUACAGCCCAAAGGAUGAUGAUUUUGUUAUUCAAACGUUGGCUGCUGAAUUGGAAAAUGGAAGCCCUUCGUAUCACCUUUGUUUACACUAUAGAGAUAUACCGCAACAUAACGUUGCUUAUAUGCAGUGCACGUUACCACUUCCUGAGGCGGCAGAAGCCUCUAAACGCAUUAUAAUAGUCCUUACAAGGAACUUCAUAGAAACGGAAUGGUCGCGUUUCGAAUUUCGCCAAGCAUUGUACGAAAUCUUAAAACCGCGAAUUUAUACCUUAAUAAUAAUUGAGGAGAGCUCAGUUUUGCCCGAGGCCGAAUGCGAUCCUGAUUUAAGGCCAUACUUAAAAACGAGUUCAAGGAUACGGUGGGGUCAAAACAAAUUCUGGGAAAAGUUGCGUUAUGCGAUGCCGGAUCAGAAAUAUAAAUCUAAAUCAUCUGCUUAUAGGAACAAUAUCAAUUCUUAUACGAUGAGAAGUGGUAUGCAAAACGGGACGAUGAGGUCGUUUUCUUUUACGGAGAAAAUAAGAGGGUCUGCGGACGGUGUGAGUACGACGCCGGAGUUCGUGGAGCACCGGCCGCAGCACGUGCAGACGGGGCCGUACGGGCCGGACGGCCGCCCGCCUUCAGAUCACAUCUACUCCUCUAUAGACUCUGACUACUCUUCUCUAGAGCUAGGUGCAAACAAUCCGAACAGAAGACGGGAGUUCAGGCACUGGCCCCCGCCGCCGCCACUUAUCGACACCCAGUCUUCUGGACAAGCCUAUCUUGUUUAGUCUACGCUUCUAUCAAAACUCAUGUAAAAUCAUUUAGUCAAAGCUUCAUGUGAAUAUUCGUAUUAACCGCAACGCGCGCUUUACCAAAUAAUUAAGAUUUUAAUCUAUUUUUGUAAUUUCUCGCCGUUACAAAGGGCGUUUCAUAAUGUUGGUGUAAAUACAUUCUAUAAGACUGCUGUAGAAAUUAUUAUGUGAAUUUGUAUAUAGAUUGUAAAUAAAUGUCCAUUUAAGUCACGAGUAUACUAUUUAUGUAUUUUAAUAAAGCCAUUGUGAUAAUUUUUGCUAUAAAUUAUUUUUUAUUUCCCUAUCCUUAACAGUAGCCACCAAAAAGCCAGUAUAAAACAGUACAUUUUUUGGAUGUCAAAAGGGGCAUUGACCCCUGAGUACAUAAUGACCUUUCUUCUUAGGUUUGAUAGUAAGGAAAUAUUAACUCUUGUGAAAUUAAAAUGCAUUUGAUAUGAUAAAGUAAUAUCAUUGACCCAAUUUGCAGAAUAAACUGUUUCACAGAUUGCAUUUAAAAUCUUAUCUAAUUGUUUCAUGUUUGUUAAUAAAAAAGGUCCUGAAAUAACACUUUGAUAUUGUCUAAAAGUGGCCUUACAUACAUCGACACAUUUUACACAUUACACGUGAACAACAAUCUAUAAACUUACAUAUCUAGUAGAAACGCAGUUCCCAACCUAGUUUCAUGACAAAUUUAAUGUAAGAAGUUUCACUGCUAUUUUCUUCUUAGCCUAUAGUGCUCUACUACCAAGAAAGCCCUACCCCAAACUCUUCCCCGUUUCCAUAUCUGCCUAUCACAUAUAUUCCUUUCCCUAUUAUCUACCUUCAAUCAGCCCUCGGAUUUGCAUCCAUAUCCUUUCCACCUCCGCUUCCUGGGCCGACCAUGGCGGCGCCAUCCAUCCACUGGCUUUUACUAUCUCCCAUUAGGUGGUGGCAAAAGCCCAACGGUUCAACAAUGCGGCUGACGUGACCUUCCUAAUACCAUUAUAGCUUAUCAACAUUGGCAAAGUCUGUGAUCGCAGUUUCACUACUACAAGUAGACGUUUCUACCAUAUACAAUCA